AUGUUCAAGAAUUUUAAGGCUAGGAUUCGUUCAGGCUCCAGUCAAUUGAAAAGUAGCGGCGCUCAUGGGUUAGAUAAGUUGGCUAAAAGCGGUAGCAAAAGAAGUGCUAGUGGUAGUGCUGCCACUACUUCUAGUAACAACCGUAAAAGUCGAAACGACGGGCAUGACGAUGGAAUAGACCAACAAAGGUCCAUUUCGGCACCUGGAACUUCACAACCAGGAUAUCAGUCACAUUUCGCCGAUAACAGGUCCCCUAGGCAAGCUUAUAGACCACCACCAAUUGGGGCAGGGGAUGAAUUGACGUAUUCGCCAGUACCCUCUAGUAAGAGCUUUCCCAAGAGUACACGUCACUAUUCACAAGAAAAUCCAUACAGUGAGAGGAAUUCUUUGACGAUGCUAGGUGGUCCAAACCACUAUGUUUACGACAAUGCUGCCUAUGAUACCAAUGAUAAGGAAUUCAACAUUUUUAGCAAACCAGAUGGUAUAACGCCAUGUUCUUCUAGGUUGGUGGUACAAAGUUUGACAAGUGCGUUUAAGGAGUCCAUAUCACACGUUGGUGAUACGAAAGUUUUGCAACAGGUGGUUAAACCGAAUUUACAUCACUUCUCAAAGGAAGAAGUUCAAGAGGUGAAAAGAUUGAUCUGUAAGUUGUUUCCCUACGAUGGCUGUACUUUGAAAGACCAGGCUUUGAAGAAAUCGAUCAACGAAUCAUUCGGAGAUAAUGUAAUUAGACUGACCGUAGCGUUAAGAAUUAUCUGGAGUUCAUUCCCCAGGGGAAUUAUACCAUGGGAUUCGUACUAUAAAUUCACCAAGUGGGAAUCACAAACUGGAUUCCCACCAGAAUCGUUCCACUUCAGGUUUUCGAAAUUUCUACCUGACAGAAAUUAUACAUUUUGCACAUUUGCAUUUUUGGAAUUUUUACUAUGCAUUCUUUUACAGAAGAAUAAAUUGAUGCUCGACAAAAGUAUUCAAAUGGACUUAAUCUUCACGGCAGGUGCGACUGCAUUUGUUAGGGAUCCAAGCUAUUGUAGUCCGGCAAAUGAAGAAACGCCCCCUGUUAUAAGAUCCUAUUAUCAACGUGGUAAUGCGCUGCACAGACUGUUUGUCGGGUACAUACGGUCAUUAAACCAUGAACGUAAGAUGACUGAUGUCUAUUUGCUAGAUAUAUUUCAAAUCGAGCAAUAUCCACCAAGACCUUAUAAGGCACGCUCAGCAAAGGCACUGACGUUAACAAUUCCUAAGGGUAACCCAGACGGUAAUGAUUUUACUUCAUUGAUAAGUCAAGCGGCUUCUGCAAAGAAAAGAUUUUAUGCGUCAAGUUCUUCGUUCUCACGUAUUGAAAACGCAUUCUUGGAUCAAUUCGAAGAGCAAACUUUACGUGUCAUUAUGAGUUUUUUCUCUGAAUCAUCAAACCGUUAUAUUACAACGUUUGACGAUGGAUUCGAUGCUGACUUUUUACAAGGGGCUUCCAAACGUAAUAAAUCACAUACUCGUAAGGUAAGUGAUGAUAAUAUGGUCGCGACUUGGUUACAAAUGGCAAAGGAGCAAAAUGGAUUCGAUGAAUUAUUGGAUGUACUUGAAAAUAAUCAUAUGCCAGAGGGAGGUACGUUGGCGCUGGGCGCCCCCGCGGCCACAAUGGGCCCCACAUCCCGCAGAGAUCGUACUGAGGCUGCAGAUAGUUCCGUUAGAAUUGGUAAAACUGAUAUUACAGAAUGGAUCAUCAAUUCUUGGAAAUACGAAAUGUUUAUGAGUCGUGUUCAAAAUACGCUUUUGAUUAAAUUGACUAAAAAAGUUGAUGAAUGCAACUGGUUAGUUUUAUCAUGUGAAGAAAAUGUCAAUAUGAAUCCAAAGGCAAUCCCACCUCCUGCUAAACAUCCGCCAAUACCAAAGGAAAGACCACAUCGUUUGCAACAACCAAAGGUUACUAUUAGAGAGCCAGCAACUCAUUCAUUACCAUCCGUCAAGGAGUCUGUACCCACUGAUUUUUCACAUUUACCUGUUGAUCUACCAAUACCCGAAUCUUUUGUAGAAGCUGAGCCUAAACCAGAAUCGAAACCGUUGCCUAACCCAGCAGAAGAAUCUUUAAAAGGACCCAUUAGUGAAACCGUUAGGGAACCUUCCACGGAAUCCAAUGCAGAUGCAUCUGUGGAACCUACCAAGGUAUCCAAUGCAAGUUCAGUUGUGGAGUCUACCAAGGUAUCCAAUGCAAGUUCAGUUGCGGAACCUACCAAGGAAUCCAAUGCAAGUUUAGCCGAGGAACCCAUCAAGGAACACAAUGCAAAUGCAUCUGUGGAACCUACUGAGGAAUCCAAUGCGAGUUCAGUUGUAGAACCUACCGAAAAAUCCAAUGCAAGUUCAGUUAUGGAGCCUACCAAAGAAUCCAAUGUGGAUGCAGCUGAGGAACCUACCAAGCAACCUGUUAAAUCAUCCGUACCCUCCAAUGACGCUUUAAUUGCAAAAUUGAAUAACGUUGGCAUCUCACCGAGCGCAAUUGAUACCCGUUAUGAAAAGAACGGCAACAGAACUGCAAGAAGCAGUCGUAACAUCCUGGGAGAUCUAUUAGAAAGCUGCUAUAGUGGAAAUGAGGUGGAAGCAAUAAACUAA